CGGAGUGAUUAUAAAUAGCUAAACUUGUUUUCUUCCGGUUAAACAAUCCGGGUAGAUCAAUCUGUGGUCUCUUCGACGAUUACACUGUUUUUUUGGCUUAUUGCUCAUUAUUCAACUAACUCGCCUUAAGAAUGUCUAACCAGCCCCCAAGUUAUGGAAUGGCCAUGGGUUAUCCUACUGGGCCCAACAAAAAUGAAGGGCCAGGUGCUUCCUACCCACCUGCGGGCGCAGCAUACCCAUCUGCAAAUGCCACUUACCCACAACAGCCAGGCAUUGGCUUUGCCCAGCAUGAUCCCUACAACCAAGGUUACAACCAGCCUAUGUACAAUGACGGGUUUAAUCAGCCGGCUGCGUACAACCACCCGGAUGGUAGCGGAGAAGCUGCACUAGCUGUACCCAAAGCAUCCGAUGGUUUCUCUUCUGCGUUUUCUGACAAAGCUAUACGCAGGGGAUUUAUUCGGAAGGUUUAUCUCAUCCUGUUCACUCAGCUGUUGGUUACCUUUGGCUUCAUUUGUCUAUUUAUAUUUGUUGAGCCAAUAAAAAAAUGGGUACAAAAUAACAUGUGGUUCUACAUCUGUGCAUAUGUUCUCUUCCUGGUGCUGUACUUUGUUUUGAUCUGCUGCCCAAGUGUGAGGAAAAAUUAUCCUGGAAAUUUCAUCUGCCUAGGGCUCUUUACGCUGGCUUUUUCCUACUUGACUGCCACCAUUAGCAGUUUCCAUGAUACUGGCAUUGUACUGAUGGCUGCAGGGAUCACUGCUGCUGUAUGUCUGGCCAUCUCACUAUUUGCCAUCCAGACCAAGAUUGAUUUCACAAUGUGCAGUGGAUUGCUGUUUGCACUUGUCAUGGUUCUCUUCUUCUUUGGUUGGGCCUGCUUGAUCACCUACUAUGCCUGGGGUUAUAGUCAUAUCAUGAACUGUGUGUAUGGAGGGUUAGCUGCACUUGUUUUUGGAUUGUUCCUGAUAUACGACACACAGCAGGUGAUGGGUGGACGUAAAUACGAACUCUCCGCCGAGGAAUACAUCUACGGAGCCCUGCAGCUGUACAUCGACAUCGUCUACAUCUUUAUCAUCAUCCUCGGCUUUAUGGGAAACAGUAAAUAGAUGACUGGAUCAUCACAGCUUAAGGUAUCCUGUUAUUUGGCUGAAGAGGUUUUUUGUCAGGAAGUUGAUGUACAUUUCAGUACUGACAAAGAUUGUCAUUGUUGUGUGAAAACAGGAAGUUGUUUCCUUUUUUUGUGAUUGGUUGGAAUCUGUCUUGUGAUCCUGAAGAGCUCUGUUUUCUUAUUUGAUUGUAAGCAGCAAAGUUUAUCCAAUAGCCUUAGUGUCAAAUAAUUAUACUGUCGGUUUUUUUUUGUAAUUAUUUUUUAUUAUGUUUUUUUUAAAUGAUAAUGCAUCCCAUCCCUUAAUUACCAUGUUUACAAAAGAAAAAAGUACUUUUUAAAAAAAAAAUAUUGCAUUUCAUUUUCUUUAAGCUGCAGCUUUGAUACAUCAAAACACAUUCUUAGGAUGGAAAACAACAAACAUUCACACAUUACAUUUAUUUAACAGUCCAAAUAUUUAUACUUAAACCCUCUUAAUGGUAAAUUGUCUAAAUAUAUACCUACCAUUCCUCAUUAGAAGGAUCAAUUUUCUAAACUGUUCAAUUAUCUAAAAUGUGAUGUUAAAUGUUGUUUUUUUUCACUCUUUUCAUGAAAUAAAUGGAUUUGUUAUAAAGAAAACAAUGUCAGUCUAUAUAGCUGACAUUUGGAUGUUUGUUAAGACAUUAUAUUAUGUUCUGACAUCUGGAUGUUAGUUAAGACAUUCUGUAUAUGUAGCUUACAUUUGUUGUUAUUGAGCAUUUAAUGUUAAGACAGUCUAUAGCCUACUAUGUAAGCUUAAUGUUCUUCUGUUGGUUAUAUUACCUACCUUAAUUAAGCACACACUAGAUAAUUUGUCUGCCGCAGUUUUUUGCCUGUAAGUUUAAAUAUUGGCAGUCGAUGAGGGUAGUAGAAAAGCUAAUAGUACGUCUAAAUGCUGAUUUUCUGUUCAUUUAAUAUUGUCAAAUGUUUUAUCAAAUUUUACACCAUUUUUAAAAAUUAUAUAAAUAAAUCUGUACAAGCACAAACAAUUUUUAAAGAAAAAUUGUACAAGGCAAUAGAAUUAUUCUUGUUAUACGCUUAAUUUUAAUGUGAAAAUUUCUCAAACCUUAUGUGCCAGAUUUUUGUGACUGUAGAAUGUUAAACCUAUUGUAAUAUUUAUCUCUGUUGAAAUGUUUUUUUUUAUUAGAGUACUGUAAGGAAGGAUAAGUCAAGCAAGCGGAGUUUUUCCUCCUUUGCAAAAUGAAAUGAGUCACCUGUCAACACUAAGUACCAUAGGUGUAUAGUUAAAAUGUGGAUCAAGUUUUUUUAAUGAAACAGGCAGUUUUUUCACUUUACUGCAAUUGCUAUCUUUCAAAUAUGAUUUUCAAAUAACUUGCAUUCACUCUUUAAAUGAUGUGAUAUUUGGUGUCAUACUAUUAGCACGUGUCUGUUUUAAAAAAUAUACCCUAUUAAAUAAUUGAUGUUUUUUUUAUCUACAGACUCCAGUUAAUGUUGUAUUAAACUACAUACUAUGAAAUAUUAACUCCCUUUACAGUUCUCUCCCCUGUUGUCUUCUAUCUCAGCGUUACUUGUAAAUGAAUGUUGUAUGUUAUAAAUACUGUGUUGAAUUGAUCAGUAUACAGUGCAUUUAUUGUUCAUAAUUGAUUUUUUUAAUUUAAGUUUUCUUCUAUACAACUAGAAUACAUACAUUUCUAAUAAACACCUGAUUUCUGACUUGCUUCUAUUAGCCAAGCCUCUUUGCUAGGAAAUAUUUAAAGGCUUCUUUUUCUGUAAUCGCCCACUCUAUUUUGCCUGUAAAUUUGAACUGGCUUUCAGGUAACUGGUUUUAAAUCUAGUAAUUGCAAUGUGCUGCAUACAUUUUAACCAAUCAGUUAUGUAUAUAAAAAAAUAUUAUAUUUUAAAAAAUGUAAUUAGCAUGUGUCAGAGAAAUUAAUAUUUCAUGGGUACAGUAAUUUUUGUUUUGUUUAUGUGUAAAGUAACCAUCACUGGAGAGAUGAAAUUUACUAUUUAGAGAAAUUAACUGGAGGUUUCAUUGGUAUGUAAGUCAGUUGACCAGUCAGGACUUAAUUAAAAACCUGCACACACUUGAAAGUUUACAUGUGUCAGGACACACUUGAAAGUUUACAUGUGUCAGGACACACUUGAAAGUUUACAUGUGUCAGGACACACUUGAAAGUUUACAUGUGUCAGGACACACUUGAAAGUUUACAUGUGUGAGGACACACUUGAAAGUUUACAAGCGUCAGGACACACUUGAAAGUUUACAUGUGUCAGGACACACUUGAAAGUUUACAUGUGUCAGGACACACUUGAAAGUUUACAUGUGUGAGGACACACUUGAAAGUUUACAAGCGUCAGGACACACUUGAAAGUUUACAUGUGUCAGGACACACUUGAAAGUUUACAUGUGUCAGGACACACUUGAAAGUUUACAUGUGUGAGGACACACUUGAAAGUUUACAUGUGUCAGGACACACUUGAAAGUUUACAUGUGUGAGGACACACUUGAAAGUUUACAUGUGUCAGGACACACUUGAAAGUUUACAUGUGUGAGGACACACUUGAAAGUUUACAUGUGUCAGGACACACUUGAAAGUUUACAUGUGUGAGGACACACUUGAAAGUUUACAUGUGUCAGGACACACUUGAAAGUUUACAUGUGUGAGGACACACUUGAAAGUUUACAUGUGUCUGGACACACUUGAAAGUUUACAUGUGUCAGGACACACUUGAAAGUUUACAUGUGUCAGGACACACUUGAAAGUUUACAUGUGUCUGGACACACUUGAAAGUUUACAUGUGUCAGGACACACUUGAAAGUUUACAUGUGUCGGGACACACUUGAAAGUUUACAUGUGUCAGGACACACUUGAAAGUUUACAUGUGUCAGGACACACUUGAAAGUUUACAUGUGUCAGGACACACUUGAAAGUUUACAUGUGUCAGGACACACUUGAAAGUUUACAUGUGUCAGGACACACUUGAAAGUUUACAUGUGUCAGGACACACUUGAAAGUUUACAUGUGUCAGGACACACUUGAAAGUUUACAUGUGUCAGGACACACUUGAAAGUUUACAUGUGUCAGGACACACUUGAAUGUUUACAUGUGUCAGAAUACAAUAAAGCCAUGUCUGCUGUAUCUGGUCAGUGUGUCUGACCACACACUCAACUUCUGGAUUCAUAGACUUAAUGUGCUCACAUAGUGAAUUUCAUCAAAGACCUGCUGUAUAACUGAUGAGGAUAUUUUCUCAAUGGCUUUGAUACUUACCUAAUUUUAUUACUCCAACCACUCCUUAUCUUCAAUGAGGUAAUGUCACUUUUUUUUUCGCAGUGCCUUUGUUAAAAAAGUUUACAACUAAGGCGCAAUCUAAUUUUUUCGUUUAUGAAAUCUCAAAGACCAAAAUAUCACAUCAUUUAUUUAAGCUGCCAAAUUUAUUAUUGUUUGUUUUGUUGAUUAGUCUGCAUUCCAUUGUGUGCCAUGUGAUGUCCCCUGUGUGAUGUGGUGCAUUCACACUGAAUUGUUCAUGUGGAGAGAUUAGACGUGUAUGUUCUCUUUUAGCUUCAGUUGUUACAAGCUUUCUUUUGCAGUGGUUUGUUUAGCAUACCAACUUGAAUAUAAAAUAUACUUUUUAAAAUGAGUUUAUUCUUUGCUAGAAAUCUUAAAGGAGUGUAUCACAUAGGGUUGCUUGUUUUCCUUUUGCUUUGCAUGUGUUAUAUAAUGUUGUGAUGUAUAUUUUUGUUUGUUCAACUUAUCUAUACCUUAGUCACUCCCUGCCCUUACAUUCAAACACCAAAAAGAUUUUUUUACUUAUUUAUGUGAUCAGUGUUUCUUCCAGACUUUUUUCUCCG